AACAUGCGCUAUUACAUUUUACACCUGUAGCAACAUAAAUUCUAUCAUUGACUAAAUGAUUUAGCGGAAAGAUCUACCUUUUACACCUGUAACCAUGGAAAGUUCGAUGGGAGGCGAAUCCAUUACGCCCAUUACUGCUCUAAAGAUGGAAUCUUGAAUGCUUUUCUUCUUCGAUCGUCUUCUUCCUUUUCCUUUAAUGUUAUUUACAACUCGACAAGUUGGUGCUUCCGCCACCAAUAGGUUCGGAGAAGGAAGAUCCGUUGAUGACUUGACGGGAGCAAUUUUGACGUCCAAAUCAGGAGCACUGCUGAGACCAAAUCAUUUGUUUAUAUUGGCCCUCAAUCUUCAUAAAGACAGUCACGAGCCGAGUGUCACGAGCCAAGUGUCUAUCAUGUCAGUUGCUAUUCACUUCUAUUUCCUGCUUGUUUUUGCCAUUCUCACGUCCCUCACAAACUCCCAAAGUGACAGGGUGCAGUCCAACAAAAAUGUUGCCAUGUUUGUGUUAGGUGAUUCAGUUUUUGAUCCUGGUAAUAACAACUUCCUCAAUACCUCUAAGGCCAAGGCGAACUUCCCACCAUAUGGGGAGACAUUUUUCCAGUAUCCAACCGGAAGACACUGCGAUGGACGCAUUCUUCCUGAUUUUGCAGCCGCAUAUGCAGGUUUACCAUAUUGGAGAGCUUACUUAGAGCCAAAUAAUCACAACUUUACAGUUGGAGCAAACUUUGCUAGUGCUGGAGCAGGCGCACUAGUCGAAACCAAUGGGAAUGGGAUACCCCUUGAAGUACAACUCGACUACUUCAAGGAAGUCGCAAAUUUGUUGAAGGAUCAGCAAGGUGAAGCAGAUGCAAAAGAGCUUUUACAAGGAGCCAUCUAUUACUCUAGCAUUGGAGGAGUUGAUCUAACUUCCUUUGCCGUUUCUGCCACUAAUGUUACUGAAUCACAGAUACAAGAUUACGUAGACAUUGUGAUUGGUAAUAUAACAGAUGCAGUAAAGGAAAUAUAUGAAAUGGGUGGAAGAAAAUUCGCAUUUCAAAAUGUAGCACCGCUUGGAUGUGUGCCAGGAUCGAAACAAUCCUACAACACUUCUGACUGCGUGGAAUCACUCCAAACUAUAGCGACCAUGCACAAUAAUGCACUAAAUAUUGUUGCUCAGGAGUUGGCAAGCAAGUUACCAGGAUUCAAUUAUUUAAUAUUCGAUUUCUUCAACGUAGUAAUGGAUAGGAUACAAAACCCAAAAAAAUAUGGUUUUAAGGAAGGGGAUGUAGCGUGUUGCGGCAGUGGGCCAAACCGAGGAAGCACUACUUGUGGUAGUUUAACGUCAGCGUAUGAACUUUGCAGUGAUCCCAGUGAACAUGUGUUUUUUGAUUUAGCCCAUCCUACUGAAGCCUGCAACAUUCAAUUAAUUAAGUUGCUGUGGAAUGGAUCAACAGAUGUUAUUUGGCCUAUCAACUUAAAGGAACUGAUUGAGCUUGAGAUCGAGACCGAGAUUUACAGUGGAAACGUUGAUCUCUUAAUUGACGAACAAAUCUCCAUUGACGGAGUUUCCAAGACUUAUAACUAGCCAGUUCAAUAAAAAAGGGUGUCGAGAGACUGUUAUUCUGGUAGUUACUAAUAAUAUGUUAUGUUGUGCUUUUGCUCUGCGAGUGUAUUUCUUUUGUGGUGGAACUCCUUGUACUUUUCCGCUGUAGAAUAAACUGUGAAAUAGUUU